UACAGUAUUAUGUAAUGACGAUACAUAAAUGACAGUGAGGUUUUUUAAUAAAGUACAACAACUAUUUAAACAGUAUCUCAACCUUAAUCGAGUAAGUAGGAACCUUUUAAAAGGUGACUAGAACUCGUUUCACUACGGAAUGUUUUUGUCGAUGCACACAGACUCAGGUGAAAUGUUCUCCGUAUCAAUGGGGUUUGUAUCUAAUAACAUGAGUGUUGCGAAAUAACCACCUCUAAACUGCUGCUGAAACUCGUGUUUAAAGAGAGACAUUGUUAUCUUAAUUUUGCGCCACGAUGGUUGACUGGAGUCCGAUAGCGAAGGUGUACGACCCGCUGAAAGCUGGCAGCAUCGACGGCACGGACGUGGAGCCCCAUGACCGGGCGGUAUGGAGGGCUAUGACCGCCAGAUACAAGCCCAACAAAGGCGUUGUUGGAGACCCACUGCUUACGCUGUUUGUGUACCGCCUGAACCCCCAGACGACGGAGGAAAAGCUGCAUCAAGUCUUCUCAAAGUACGGAGACAUCCAGAGGCUCCGGCUGGUUCGGGACAUCGUUACCGGUUUCUCCAAAGGAUACGCCUUCAUUGAGUACAAGGAGGAGCGGUCUGUGGUCCGGGCCCGCCGGGACGCCAACAAGCUGGUGGUGGACCAGAAUGAAGUGGUUGUGGAUUUUGAGCAAGAAAGGACCCUCAAGGGAUGGGUCCCCCGGCGGCUUGGGGGCGGGCAGGGAGGCAAGAAAGAGUCCGGACAGCUGCGGUUCGGUGGCAGGGACAGGCCUUUCCGUAAACCCAUCCACCUGGGGUUCGGUGCUAUGCAGGACCAGGGAGGCGGGGGAGGGAGGGAGUGGGACAGACAAGGGGAGAAAGACAGGGAGGACCGGGGGCGACACAGAGAGCCGGAGUGGGGCAGCAAAGGGAGGAGAGAUGACCGAGACAGAGGCAGAGAGAGGGACGACCGGAGCCAGAGGGACGACCGGAGCCAGAGGGACGACCGGAGCCAGAGGGACGACCGGAGCCAGAGGGACGACCGGAGCCAAAGGGACAGGAGUAGGCACCGGGACAGGAGAUGAAGGCCACAUUUAAAUAUAUAUAUAUAUAUACACAGGAAGUCUGUGACAGAUGUUUAGAUCCAAAGCAGCUGCCUGUCUAGAAGAAUUGGAAGUGUGCAGUGAAGGAUCUGUUGGGUUGCACACCUGGGUCUGGUUACAAUACAGAGGACGUUCUGGAUGUAUCAUUGGUUUAGUCUGAAUGGCAAUUAUACUGGUUGAUAUUCAACAGGUUGCAGUGUAUGUUAAUAUUAUAUCGAGGGGGAGCUGCCCUUUUCAGCUGUUACUCUUGAAUAUUUCAGAGUGUUUGAUUUUAUCUUGGUGUAAUUGGAGCAGCACACUGGAAUAAUUAAACUUAUUUAAAGAAAUAGGAAUGUAAAUCCCAAUGAGUAUACAUUUUUGUUUUACCAUAUGUGAGGCCUAACAGUAUGACACAAACUUUAAAAGCAGAAUCUGCAGCUGAGCUGACAAAAUGCAAACUUUUCUUAUACUUUUGCCAUUUACCAAUUAUGUUUUUACCGAUGAAGAUUUUUGGAGAAUCAUAUUUUGUAAGCAUGAGCAUUGGUGCAACACCGGCUAAACAACAUCAAAUAAACCAAAACAUUUUGAACAAGAUGGCUUUCCUUGUUCCUAGCUCAAAACGUAAUACGUUUAGUCUCUAUUGUUUAAUUGGAUAUCAUUUUGUUCAGUGAAAGAAGCCAUUACAUGUGUUUUUGUAUGUUUUACAGAUAGUGUUGCAACCAGCUGUUGCAAUAACCAUAGCUUCAACCUAACGUAAAGCGCACUAAUUUAAAUUCUGCUUGUUUUCUUUAGGCAUUUAUAAAAGCACAACUUUGUAAUUGAGCUUACAAAAAGGUGGUAAAGGUGAGGAACUCUGACUUUAUAUACACUCCAAUAUUUAAACUGAGGAGUUAGAUUCAGACAAAUUGGUUUUAAUAAGAUAAUGUAUAAACAUGAAAAUAUAAAUAGCGAAAAAUACAACAAAACUGGCAACUCUCUAACUGGUUUAUAACAUCAUUAUCGAUUUGAUGGAAUUAGACUGAAUUGUUUUUAUUUUUUCACGUUUGAUUGUCCUGACGAGACCUCCCAGUCCUCUGGGGGUUCAUGAUGGGCCAACCAGGGUAAUCCUCUCUCUGCACAGUGCUGAAGUCGAUCCUGUGAACCCAAACACACAGACAGUGAUGAGCUGGUCUCUUCCCUCAGCUACAGUAUGCCGUGAUGUCGUCAAACUCACCUGAAGGCGGGGUUGAUGCCGAUGUUGUCUGGCUGUGGGAGGAUAGGUGUUCGCCUCCUGUGGCAGGAGGACGGAGGAGGGAAAUCCUUCUGAUACUGAGACUGCAUGUAUGUCGUUUCUUGUUUCUUUGUCCAUGCUGUCUCGUCGGGGUUAUGGCCUUCCUCGUCCUCCCCUGCUUCCCGGUCCCUGCGGCUGCUUCUUCUUCCUGCUUGUCUCGAGGAUGUGGGAAGAGAACGGUUGGACACCUGCUGUGUGUUGGAGGUGCUGUUGUUUCCUGAAAGGUUAUCAUUAAAUAGGUAUGUGUUUCUUUUCAUACACAGUCAUGAAAUAUGCCUUUUUCUGUCAAUAAAAAAUAUAUAAUCUUG